AUGACCAUUGGAAAGAAUAACCGCGUUUCAGAAGAUGGCUCCUUUCACUCCAAACCAUUAUCCCCAUCUUCAUCCUCCUCUUCUUCAUCUACCAUUAAAACAUCAAAGACAUCAAAAAAAGACAAGCAACAAUCAAAGGCCAGGAAAAUUGGUAAAUAUAAAAGUUUGGCUUUAAAAAUCAAAUCAGAUUGGGAACCACUUCUUCAUAAAGUGAUAGAGUCUUUCUGUCAAGACGACUCUUCUUUAACAAAUUACGGUGCACCAAGUUGUUUCUAUGCUCAAUUUAGUUUGUUCAGUGCUCAAGAUAAGAGUAAUAACAGUGAUCAAAUUUUCAUCUUGAACAGGAGAAGUAAAUCGAAAAUAUAUGCCCCAUCAGCAGAAAAAUGUUGGUUUUUCCUUGUGAGAGGCAAUGAACUCGACAAACCCUACGAAUGCACGCAAGAUAAGACAGUUGGACAUUAUUUUGUUCAAGAUGAAUGGAUACAGCAUGGUACUGGUGAAGAGUGUAAAUUAGGAUUUGUGGUUAAAUAUCAAAACGAUUUGUACAUACAUGUGGUGAGUGAGCUAACUUUCAUGGGAGUGAUUGAGAAUAUUGGUAAGGUGAGAGAAAAUACAAACUAUUGUAAUGUUAAAGAGUAUGAACCUGAUGAAAUGUUAAAUCUAAAACAGAAACCAACUAUGAAUGAAUUAUACCCCUCUCUGAAAUAUUGCAAUGCUGAAGAAUUGACACAGGAAGAUGUAAAUGAGAGUCAGCUUGAUAAACAUAUUCAAGGUUUCAUAGAUCACUUUUGGAAAGGUCGACAAAUCAAACCUUCAUUUGAAUUAUUUAAGAAGGAGAUUAAAUCCUUGGCCAACUCAAUGCUAGAGAAGGAUUCAGAGAAAGAGUCUGGCUACGAAACUGAGGAUCAAGAUUGA